AGGUUCAUGACAACCCCGCGCGCCACUUUCUGCCCGGUGCCGAUGAUCUCUAGCAAGAAGCUUUCCUAUCACCUAGACACCUAUCGGCUCCGACGGCAGUACCUACGGCGGGCAUGUACGGCAUCAGCACGUAUGGCCCACACAAGCAACCCUCUUCAAGCGCCAAGGCGAAUGGGUUUCUCCAAUGGAAGCUGGUGAUUCUAUCACGGUUGGGCCCUGACACUUUCCUGACUUUGCAACCUUGCCAAUCUCAGAGAGUGCCAUGCUCUUCAGAUCAAUCAACGGCUCAGGUCGAAAGAGUGGAUCUUUGGGAGUUCUUGGGAAGCAUUCAUCCUCGAAGAGUAAGACCACAAUGACGUACAUACGGCACUUGUCCCUUCAAAACCCACUGGUGUGCACUUGUUGGAUCGUAGGACUAGUGUACAGCCGAGGGCAGUGAAGUACCCCUGCGGUAAUCCUCAUGA